AUGGUAGUUAUAGUGGGAAUGGAAGGCUCCGGUAAAUCUUCAAUCAUAAGCGGUUUGAAUGGUCGAGGCGUGAUCUUGAAGAACGAAGAAAUGCAUCGGGAUUUCAAAUGUAAAUACGUGACAUUAAGAACUAAUGAGAAGAAAGCUAUGACAUUUUCGUUUAUAGAGCCUCGGGGUGUUGAAAACAUGCUGACCGGACUUUCAAUAGCUGAUUGUGCUAUUAUUGUUAUAGAUAGUACACAAGGCUAUCCAAUCAAUAACAUUGUUGAUUCCGAGGAUAACAUCGUUGAUCCGGCGUCACUCGCUGUUUCCAUGGGUUUGAAAACACUUAUUUGUUGUGUCAACAAGAUGGAUGUUGUGGGAUAUUCACAAACCGUCUACAAUCAGCUAAGGGAUGGAGCUAUAACAUAUUUCAAGUCGAUCGGUAUUGAAGAAUCAAAUGUAACGUUUGUGCCGGUGUCCGCACAAACCGGGGACGGUUUGCUUGAUAAGUCGGAGGAGAUGGCUUGGUACGAGGGUCUCACCCUCAUAGGGCAGCUGCAUACCCUUGAUCGAGAGUCUAGAACGUCGCGGCGCCUACGUCUUGUGGUCGAUUCAACCGAGGUAAAAGGAACAGUUGUUCUAAUUCGUUGCCGUGUUCACUACGGGAUUCUUCUAUCGGGUCGUAGAGUCGUUUUUUGUCCGGGGAAUUGGGCAGUUUAUGUGGAUAAGAUGCGGGUGGGAGGGCUUGAGGUGAAGUAUGCAUGGCCCGGGGAAGCUGUUGAAUUAGAAGUCAAGGGUCCUGUUAAUGAAAUGAUGGAACAGGGUUGUGUGGGUGCUGCAAUCAUUGAUGAUAAACUGAAGGUGGCUAUGGGUAUUGAAGUAGAAAUCCUUGUAACCAACUCAAAAGUUGAAGUCACCACUGGGUUACAAGGUUACUUAUGCAGCUGCCACAAAGCAUCCUUUCCAGUCAUAGUAUCUCAGAUAAAAGAAUCUGUAGACGCUGCUACCAGGAUUAGGAACAAGGACACACCGACAUCCCUAAAGAUUGGUCAAAUAGGUGUGGUGUCUCUCACACCAUUAGUGGAGGUGGUGGUUGAGACAGUUUCUGAUUACAUGUCUUUGGGAAGGAUAAUUUUCUGUAAAGAGGAAGAGGAGAAAAAAGAUGUUGUAGCGGUUGGUGUGGUGGUGGAUGUGGAUCACACAGAGUUGCCUAAGCUGAAUAUGGAGCAACUGAAUCUGGGAAAACCAGUAAGGAUAAAAUGA